AUGGUGAUGCAUCAGCUUAGAAUCCAACAUAUGCAGCAAACACCUCAAAUUAAUUAUGAUGACGAUAAUAAUUCAUCAACGUUUGUAAUAUUUAAUCCUACUACAUCUUCAUAUAGUCAUUUAACAGAUACAUUAUCAAGUGGUUUUGGAGGAAGUUCCAAUAUAACAGGUUUAUCAUCAAUUUCAAAUUCUUCAUCAAAAAUAAUAUCAGGUUCUGAUUCAUUAUAUGAUUCUAUUGGUGAGCCAGUAAAUAUAGUUUCAAAUGUGUUAGCUAGUACUUAUGCUGUAUAUUAA